AAAUUUUGGGGGAGAAAUCAUAGAGUAGAAUGUUAAUAAAAUACGUCAAAAGUAGAAAACAAAAUGGGCCUCGAGACAAUGACAUAAAUAUUUACUUGGAACGUUCCUCCAUGUGGCUUCCCUUGAACAGCUUACUUCCUGGAACGUUGAAAGAGACAUACAGUGCGAUCCCGUUGACCAUUUCGAGUUUAAAUUCAGAACACUUCCAAAGAAAAAUCCCAAUUCUGAAAUAAUACCAACCCAACACAAAAAAAAAAUGUCCAAAUUAUUGUUCCUGUUUCUUUGUCUGAUUAUCAUCGCUGUUUCAGUUUCCGUUGGCGUUGUCAACGGAACUGAAACUAAUGUGGAGAUCUAUGAGCUCAAAAGGGGUGAUUUCUCCUUUAAGGCCACCAACUAUGGUGCUCGGGUGGUUUCCCUCGUUCUCCCCGACAAAACUGGAAAGCCGGUGGAUGUUGUGCUUGGCUUGGAUUCCGUUAAGGCUUAUCUAGUGAGUUUUCUUUCUGAAUUCCAAAUGCACUAGUAUUUUGUACAACCUCGUAUUUUGUUACAGUUCUGGUUUUCAAGCUACCUAGCACCGACAGUUUUGCCGUGGUUCAGUUUGAAUGGAUUCAUGUGUUGGAAAUGUUAGAGUUAUGCUAAUUUUUUCUAAAAAAGGAUAAAUACCUAAUGAUAAUCCAACUUUUUCCUUAAAAAAGAUCUAAUGAGGCUAAAUCUUGAAGUCAGAUUACUAUGUGUAUGCUAAUCUUAAUACAUCGUGAUCAAGCCAAUGUCCCGAUCCAUCAUGUUAAAUUCUUAUACCAAAUCUUAAGAUCUUCUUUUCAAUACAUAUUGAUAUAUAUAUAUAUAUAUAUAUAUAUAUAUAUAUAUAUCAGGUCAUGCCCUCUGCUAGACUUGGCACAUCAGCUAUGUAUAGGAUACUUUCAUAUGAUUAUUAGUCCUCCUAUAUAUCUAUAGAUCAUUUCUUGCUCUACUAAAGAUGCUUUAUUUGUUGCAUUUCUUUCCCAAUAAGGACUAUAUCUGCUAGCACAAACAAUUUCUCAAUUAAAUUGUUGAAUUGGGCGUAAUUAAUGCGAAAUGUGCAAUCGUUUGGUUCCCAUAUCAUACGAACAAUAGUAGUCGUAGUGUUUCUUUUCCCGCAUUUCUUUUUUUGAUUCCUUAAUUGUUCGAAAGGAUCACUAAUUCUGUAUGCUCUUUCAAAUGUGUCGCCACAGAAUGAUUCAAAAAAUUUUGGAUCUCUAAGUGGUCGGGUUGCCAACAGGAUCAAGGGUGCUCAGUUCACUCUUAAUGGCGUUGUUUACCACCUUGAUAAGAACAGUAAUGGUAACAACUCCAUUCACGGUACGUGCUUCCUCAUUGAUUUGUUCACCUAUUUUUUUUUUCACCCCUUCUAACUUCUGUUAGAAAUUUCUUCUUCGUACUAAUUACUUAUACUACAAUUUCGAAGUCGUAUUCUUUCCUUAAAUAACAAGUCUUAUUUGUUGUACUCCCUCCAGUCCUUAUUAUAAGGCAUUUUGACUUUUCAUAGGUUUCACCUGGUAUACAUUUUUAAUUGAUAAAAAAAUUUUAAAAAUAUUUCAUAACAAUCAAGAGAACAUAAAAAAUGUGAAAAUAUAUGUUUAAAGUUUUUUGUCAAUAAAAAAUACAUAUUAGGUGAAACCUAAGACAAAUCAAAAUGUCUUAUAUUAAGUACCGGAGGGAGUAAUAUUUAUUUCAGAAAAUAGAACUCUUGACGAUUAGAUUGAAUCUAAAAAUGCUCUCUGGUUACAAAAAUACAGGUGGAUUUUUAGGAUUCAACAAAGUCAAUUGGACGGUACAAGAAUACGUGAAAGAUGGCCCAAAGCCUUACAUAGUUUUCCACUACAACAGUUACGAUGGCGAGGGAGGAUACCCAGGAAACCUUUCUGUAACAGUCACUUAUGCUUUGCUUCAGCCUUACAAAUUAUUGUUAACAAUGAGGGCAAAAGCAUUGAACAAAGCCACACCCGUAAGUCUCACAACACACAGUUACUGGAAUCUCGGCGGACACAACAGCGGCAAUAUCCUGUCCGAAGAGCUCGAAAUCUUUGCCUCACGUUACCUUCCGACAGACAAACAGCUCAUCCCAACAGGGGAAAUCGCGCCCGUGAAAGGCACACCGUUUGAUUUCCUUAAAUUCCGACAAAUCGGAAGCCGGAUAGCUGAGAUCAAUGUCACAAAUGGGUACGAUACGUAUUACAUAUUUGAUAAGUAUAAUCCUAAAAAGAAGAAUGCGCUUUUUUUGGCUGCGACUGUGAAGAACAAUAAGAAGACUGGAAUUGGGAUGAAUGUGUUCUCCAAUGCGCCUGGGAUGCAAUUUUACACUGCUAAUUCCGUGAGUAACAUCACGGGAAAAGGUGGAUACGUUUAUCAACCUUAUUGUGGGUAUACUUUUGAGGGUAUGGGUUACCCUGAUGCAGUGAAUCGACCAUAUUUCCCUUCGGUAAUCAUUAAUCCAGGGGAGGUUUAUGUCCAAGACAUGCUUUACGACCUUCAAGUAAAGAAAUAUUGAGGUUGUUUACACUCAACUCAAUACAUUUUUUUUUUUUUUGUUUCAUUUUGUUUUGUGCUCUAUGCCACACUUAAAUAAUCCAGUUGAUACUACAUACAUGUCACACGGCCAAAGUGUAGCAACAUUGGCAGUUAUUUUCAUUGAUACAAUAAAAUUAUGAUUCUGCAAAAUAUUUUGUUUCUCUUUCUAGAUCUUGAUGUAUUUAACCUUAACCAAUUUAGUAGGCAACUUGAGUUACUAUCAACACAAAGUCGUUAAUAUACAGCUUGUUUGAUUGGUCCACGC